UCCUGGACGCCCCAGAAAGGCAGCCAGGUCUCCCAGUGUGUGUCCACUGACUGCGGUUCGCCACCGACCCGGGGGCCGGCAAGAGCGCAUCCCGUCGCCCAGCCGCCUGCUUCUCCCUGCCUCUGCCAUGGCAGCCAUUCUCCUAACGACCAGAGCCAAGGUGCCAAUAUCUUUUGAGGACGUGUCCGUGCACUUCAGCAAGACAGAAUGGAAGCUUCUGGAUCUCAAACAAAGGAUCCUCUACAAGCAAGUGAUGCUGGAGAACUACCGCCAUUUAGUGUCACUGGGAUUUUCAUCCUCCAAGCCUCACCUGGUCUCCCUGCUGGAGCGAGGGGAGUGGCCCUGGGUAACAGACAGCCGGACAAGGGCUGGUGAGUAAAAGGUGGUCGAUGAAAGGAUCAAGAGCAAGGCAUUGAGUUCCAAGAAGAAACAUUGCCCAAAAGAAUGCGCAAGUGGCAGCAAGGACCAGGGAGCCAGGCUGCUGGAGGAGACACCUGAGCAGACACAGAAACAUGUUCGUUCUCCAGAGACAGGGUCCAGCAGGGGUGACCAUCACAGGGAGAAAGGCCAAGGCAGUUCCUCGGGGGCGGGAAGAGAGCCAGUGCAGAGAAGCAACCACAGCGUCAGGCAGGUUUCAGUGUCAAGGCCACAGAGUUCCAAAGGCGCAGAGAAGCGGUACCUGUGUCAGCAGUGUGGGAAAUCCUUCAGCCGGAGCUCCAACCUCAUCAAACACCGCAUCAUCCACAGCGGCGAGAAGCCCUACGAGUGCUCGGAGUGUGGGAAACUCUUCCGGCGCAGCUUCGCCCUCCUGGAGCACCAGCGCAUCCACAGCGGCGAGAAGCCCUACGAGUGCUCGGAGUGUGGGAAACUCUUCCGGCGCAGCUUCGCCCUCCUGGAGCACCAGCGCAUCCACAGCGGCGAGAAGCCCUUCGAGUGCAAUGAGUGCGGGAAGACCUUUACGCGCAGCUCCAACCUCAUCAAGCACCAAAUUAUCCACAGCGGCGAGAAGCCCUUCAAGUGCUCAGAGUGUGGAAAACUCUUCCGGCGCAGCUUCGCCCUUAUCGAGCACCAGCGAACCCACAGUGGCGAGAAGCCCUACAAGUGCAGCAAGUGUCCAAAAGCUUUCAAGGGCAUCUCCCAGCUCAUUCAUCACCAGCGCAUCCACAGCAGGGAGAAGUCAUUCCAGUGCAAGGAGUGUGGAAAGGCCUUCCGGGGGCGCUCGGGCCUCAGUCAGCAUCGUCGGGUGCACAGUGGUGAGAAGCCCUACGAAUGCAGCGACUGUGGGAAGACCUUCGGCAGACGAUCCAACCUCUUCAAGCACCAGGCGGUUCACAGGGAGGAGAGGCCCCACAAGUGUCAAGACUGCAAGAAGGUGUUCCGGAGCAGCUUAGACCUCCUGGAGCACCGACAGGCGCACGAAUGCCAAGGCCUGCAGCAAGAGCGAGGAGAAGCCUUGCACAUGUGGCGAGUGUGGCAAAUGUGACAAGGCCUUGAAGGGAAAGUUGCAGAAAACUCGCCAUGGAAAGAAGACUUCGGAGGACAGCGACAAUGAAAAAG